AUGUUACCAGCAUGGACCGAUAAAUCCCUUGAAAAGAUUACAGUUAACAUUGAGGAUAAGUCAAGAUUAAGGAAACUUAAGUAAACAGAGUCUGAAAAGCAGAUUAAAGGUAAUGAGUAUGCUGAGAGAUUAUAAGAUUAGUACUCAAAAAUGACAGGAGGUUCUGAGUUAUUCUCUUGGGCUGCAUUACCAACAUAAGAUGGAAAUGUAUUAUCAGUAGCUUAAGAUGAUGAGGAUGAUGAUCCAAUAACUAAGCUAUUGAAAUCAAAUGCAAAUGUAUAUCAAAAGAAGGACUUGAUAUUAAAACCUGAGAAGCUAAAUUUUUCAAGACUCUAGCCUGCUAAUAGUGGUCACUAUCAUGAAUCAGUUGUCACAAAUCUAUAAUUCCAUCCAAAAGAAAAUAUACUAUUAACAUGUGGAUUAGAUAGAAAAGCCAAACUUUUCAAUAUUAAUAGCAAGAAAUCAAGCAAAAUAUAAAGCAUAUUUUUCCCAGACCUCCCAAUAUAUAAUGCUAAAUUCAUCUUAAAUGGUUAAUAAAUAGUAUUCUCAGGAAACAGGAAACAUUUCUACUAUUAUGACCUUGCAACGAAUAAGAUUGAAAAAAUAUCAUAGAUAAUGGGUCAUUCAGAUGAAACGAAUCUGUCUAAAAUGUUUGUUUCUAUCUCUGCUGAUUCAGAUUAUUUCGCAUUCGCUUGCUAGGAGUCAGGUUAUAUUUUAGUAAUGAGCUAAAAGACAAAGAAACUAAUGUUUUAGUUUAAAAUGAAUGGAAGUUGCAAUUCACUAUGCUUCAGCCCUGAUGAUAGAUAUCUUUUCAGUGUUGGAGAUCAAGCAGAUAUAUAUCAAUGGGAUUUGGAGUCCAAAAAAUGUGUAGCAAAAUACUCAGAUGAAGGAAGUUUUAAUACCACCCAUAUUUGUAUGAGUCCAGAUGGUAAAAAUUUAGCAACAGGAUCAUACAUGGGAAUCAUUAAUAUCUAUAAAUUCGAUUUCAACACAUAGAGAAUUGAAACGUUGUCACCAAUGAAAAGUAUAAUGAACUUAACAACAGCCAUAACUGAUCUAAAAUUCAACCCAACAAGCUAAAUACUUGCAGUUUGCUCUAAAUGGAAGAAGAAUGCAAUAAAGCUCAUUCACAUUCCAAGCUACACAGUCUACUAAAACUUCCCAGGAGUAGCAAUAGGCGUUUUAAAAUUCGCUCUCACCAUAGAUUUCAGCUACUCAAGUGAAUUUCUUGCAUUUGGAAAUGACGAAGGUAAAGCUCAUCUUUUUCAUCUAAGUCACUUCUCUGAAAAUCAAACAGAUUGA